AUGACUCGAUUCGCUCCCACCCAGGUGCUGCGGUGCCCACGCCCACGUCCCCAUGACCACAAAGAUAUCUUAGCCCGAACCAUCACCUCCUUGUAAGUGCUUCACCGCUCUGGCUACUCCUCGUAUGGUCGUGGCGAUACCACGUUGUGCGACCGAGACUCGCUGUGGUGAUGGCCCUGCGGGAGCUGCACUUGCGCUGACGCUUUCGCUCGUGUCUUAGUUCCUCAACAGCGAUGUUACAGGUGGGAAACCUCUGUUCUGUUUCGAGCCCAUCUAUGACAAUCCCGGCCUCUAUUCGUGCAGGGUGGGAUGGCCGAGCGAUCAAGCUCCUAACCAGAAGCAUGACGUCAUAGCCUGGCUCAAGCUUGAUCAACAAUCACCUUAG